GAGCAUACAUUGCUGGUAUUCCUCGACUGGACCUCUGAACUUGUCUUUUUGGAAUCCCAUCGGUGUACAACUUCAAACUGAUGAUGACCGUGUUGGCGUUGGUGUCUGUGCUGUUGAUGACCAGCCUCGCAGGGGUUCACGGACUCAGACAAUUUCCCAAAAAUGUUCUGGUGGCAGAGAUAAAUAAUGACAAAUCCAUCACAUUGACCUGCAAUGCAAAGACAGACGGGCCCGUCACCUGGAAGUUUCUCGGGAAAGAUGUGGAAGAUGAAGACUACGUUCGGCGGGACGGUCAAGAUCUGACCCUGUUGGAAGUGGACGUGUUCGCAUCGGGGGAAUACAGCUGCUGGAAGGGCGACCAAAAGCUGUCAUCGACCUAUCUGCUGCUACAGGAUAACGAGGAGGAGCAAGAGGAGUUAGAUCUUAGCUGUCGUGCAAAGUCCUACGACUGCAACUUCACCUGCACUUGGAGUGGCACUAAAAACAAAUUGGUGCGCCUCGGUCUGGGCCACGACUGCACGGAAGGUCACAGCUCUUGUAAGUGGGAAACGAGCAGUGACCAGACCCCCGACGGGGAAUUCCACUUUGUGCUGUCACACUCCCUCUCGCCCUACGAGGAGGAAAGCACCAUGCUCGAACUCACUGCCGAGGUUAUCUCUGACCCCUACAUGCACCGGAAAACAACAACAUUUUACCUCAGAGACAUCGUUCAACCUGACAGUCCCCAGAUUGUGGGAUAUAAGGCGAUGAGGGGGGAGCUGAAGGUGACCAUCGAGCCCCCGUCCAGCUGGUCAACUCCCCACAGCUUCUUCAGUCUGGAGCAUGAGAUCGAAUACGAGUCUCAGGACGACGGCAAGAGAGGACGAUCUUUAUCCGCCGUCAUCCCCAGGGGGGUCAGCAGAAUGAGGGUCCGGUCCAGAGACCCGCUGGUGCCUUCGCCCUGGAGUCAGUGGAGUCCCUGGAAAAAUGUGGAAAACAGGAAAAUGAACCCACGUGAAAGGAAAAGAAAAAGACACUCUUCCAGGAUGAAAUCUCAGUCCACAAAUACGAGAAGAAAAGGGGGGAAGACAAAACCAAAGGAUGCUAGAAGAAGUAAAACGCAAUGAAGAAGAAAUUGUUCCACAAAAAUACAAAUAUGCAUGUGCCUAUGGUAAAAAAUUGUGGGAACAUGUGUGUAAACCAAAUGCCAGUAAGACCAGUGAGCAGCUCUGCCUCCCAUCAGGAGACAUCUUAAUAUACGCAUUUGUAAAUAGAAAGUGCUAAUGACAGUCCACGACAGUCAAGUGGAAAAGUGGCAUGCGAACAAAUGUAAGUGCUGAUACUACU